AUGUCUUCUGUAGGUGACCGUCACCCCCAGGCGUUGACCAAACCAGCUUUUGGUGAAGGAGAAGUGACUGCGCUGGUGGACAGGGUGUUUGGGUUGAAAGUGUCUUGGGUCAGGCCACUCCCCAGCUACGAUGAUCAGAACUUCCACGUGCGUGUCUCAAGAAGUGAAGGUGCUGAUGAAGGUGCUGAUGAAUAUGUCCUCAAAAUCACCAACUCGGAGGACAGCCAGGAGCCCGACCUCAUUGCCGUGCAGACCCAGGCCAUGAUGUUUCUCAGUGCCAAAGGCUUUCCGUCACCUACUCCUUAUCUUACAAAAGAUGGUAACAUCAUGUCUUUGGAGUCAGAUGGUGGCCCUGGGAACAAGAAGUACCUGGUCAGGCUGCUGACUUACCUACCAGGCACGCCGGUAGCAAAGGUUGCCACAACCCCUCAGGUGUUCUAUGAGAUUGGUAAGCUUGCUGCCAGCCUGGAUACAGCUCUCACAGAGAGAUUCCAUCAUCCAUCAGUAAAAAGUCUGCAUCGAGGUCAGUUCAUCUGGAACCUGGCAAACGUUCCUCUUCUGGAUCAGUACAUUUAUGCCUUGGGCCAGAACAAAUAUCGUGAAGUUGUGGAACAAGUCAUUGAGCAGUUCAAAGGGAAAGUGAUACCCAAGCUAAGCAGUUUUCGAGCCUGUAUCAAUCACGGAGACCUUAAUGACCACAACAUUCUGGUGGAGCCUAGUUCUGCUUCCCUGGAGCAUCCUCCUCCGUACAGAGUGUCGGGCAUCCUGGAUUUCAGUGACAUGAGUUACGGAUAUUACGUAUUCGAAGUGGCCAUAGCGAUCAUGUACAUGAUGAUCGAGAGCUCGGACCCUCUGGCCGUCGGGGGGCACGUCCUGGCGGGCUUCGAGAGCGUCCUGCCGCUCACAGCGCCAGAGCGCGGCGCCCUCUUCCUGCUGGUGAGCGGGAGGUUCGCGCAGUCCCUUGUCAUAGCCGCGCACACGGCCCGGCUGUACCCCGACAACGCGGAGUACCUCCUGAUCACAGCCAAAACCGGCUGGAGGCACCUCGUGAACAUGUUCGAAGUGGGCCAAGAAGCUGUAGAG